AGUCUCUGGGAGGCUGCGCGCGCUACUCCUGAGUUCUCGCGAUAUUCCGUGGCUACUGCCCUUGGUGUGGCGGUGCCGGCGGAGAGCUCAGGGAGAGGGGCCUGCACGGCGCAGCCAUGUCACGGAUUCUGCGUCUGUACACCGACAUCCCCGAUGGCACCGAAUGCCACCGCAAGGCCUACAUCGCCACCGGCCUCAGCGGUUUCGUGGGCCUGUACGCUUCAGCCUUCAGUGUCACCCUAAACCCCGCGAAAACUGUCCUCGAAGGAGUGGCAAGAAUGGGCCGAUACACAUUCACUGCAGCCGCCAUCGGAGCUAUGUUUAGCUUAACGUCCUGCAUUAGCGCCCAGGUCCGCGAGAAGCCUGAUGACCCGUUGAACUACUUCAUUGGUGGCUGUGCCGGAGGCCUGACCCUGGGAGCACGCAAUCACAGCUAUGGGGUCGCCGCAGCAGGCUGCGUGUAUAUGGGAGCCACAGCUGCCCUCUUCAAGCUUGGCCAGCUGGAGGGCUGGGAGCUGUUUCCAAGGCCCAAGGUGUGAUGGGCCUUGUGCCAAUAAACGAAUGUGUCCCAUGUG